AUGCAAACUGAAGUCGGAUUCAUUGCUAUUGGCAAGGCUUUACAUCUGAGAGCAUCAAGACGCAAAAGAAGACACGCUCACGGGAACUGACAUCAAAUACCAGCAAAAUGACACUGGAAGAAGUAUUUCGGUUUCUGAGCGAUUAUGAGUUUAAAGAAUGUGAAGCCCAAAUAAGAGCAAGCAACAUCACUGAGCUUUGUCAUCUAACUCCUGAUCGCUUGAAGAAAAUUGGCAUAACGAAUGAAAGUGUCUGUCUUGAAAUCUACAACGCUAUGAAGAAGCACCUUGACAUCAAAAAGUAUAGCAAGGUGUUUAAUGAUCCCAUCCAUGGCCACAUUGAGUUACACCCACUUCUUGUCAAGAUCAUAGACACCCCUCAGUUUCAGAGACUACGACAUAUCAAGCAGCUUGGGGGCGGUUAUUAUGUUUUUCCAGGAGCAUCACACAACCGCUUUGAACACUCCAUUGGGGUGGCAUACUUAGCAGGAGAAUUUGCCAAAGCCCUCAAGGUGAAGCAGCCGGAACUUAACAUCACUGGCCGAGAUGUCCUCUGUGUGCAAAUUGCAGGUCUCUGCCAUGACCUGGGACACGGGCCCUUCUCUCGUCUGUUUGAUCUUAUGUUCAAUCCUGAAGCGGACCCACCAACUAAAGACUGGAAGCAUAAGGAGGCCUCUUUAAAGAUGUUUGAGCACCUGGUGAAAACGAAUAAUCUGGAGGAAGAGAUGAAGCAGUAUAGGCUGAAAAUCCCAACUGACCUGACAUUUAUCAAGGAGAUGAUUAAACCUCUAAAGAGUGAUGACACUAAGUGGCUGUAUAAAGGUCGAGAUGAGAAUAAAUCCUUUCUCUAUGAAAUUGUGUCAAACAAGCAAAAUGGGAUUGAUGUCGACAAGUUCGACUACUUUGCCAGGGACUGCCACCACCUGGGCAUCCGGAACAACUUUGACCAUCAGCGCUUCAUCAUGUUUGCCAGGGUGUGUGAUGUGAAUGGGAGGAAGCACAUUUGCUCUAGAGACAAGGAAGUGGCAAACCUGUAUGACAUGUUCCACACAAGGAUCUCUCUCCACAGAAGAGCCUACAAGCACAGAGUAACCCAGAGUGUAGAAAUGAUGAUCAAAGAUGCACUCGUAGAAGCAAAUAGACACAUCGAGAUUGUAGGUUCCAAAGGGAAGAAGUUCCAGCUCUCCACAGCUAAAACUGACAUGGAGGCCUACACAAAGCUGACAGACCAAGUGGUUGAAGAAAUAUCUAAAUCCACCGACGAUAAUCUAAAGGGCGCGAAGGAGAUUCUACAGAGGAUCUCAGAUCGUAAGCUGUAUUGGUGUGUGGGUCAAGCCAACCCAAAAAAAGGGAAAAUAAUUGAGGAACUGAUAGAAAGUUUGACCAAAGCAGUUCAGAAACAGGACCCAGAGGAAAUGAUAGCGGAGAUGUUGGAAAGUUUGAAAAAGGACCUACUUAAGGACUUUCAUUAUCGUCGUAAUGAUGGACAAAUCACCGUUCAAGUAACUGAGAAGAAGGAAAAUUUGAAAGAGAAACUGGACAAAGUUCCUGAUUUGGGAAAGGACAACUUUGAAGUUAUUGUUGUCAAUUUGGACUAUGGGAUGAAAGACGAGGACCCCAUCAAUAAAACAUAUUUUUAUAGCAAGGAGAAGCCUAAUGAGGCAUUCACAAUCCCCAUAUCAGAGGUGUCCAAGCUCCUGCCAGAGUGUUUUUCUGAGGUGUUCAUUAGGGUUUACAUGAAGAACUUUAAAACUGAAACUGAGAAAAACAACGCAAAGAAGUGCUUCAGAGAGUGGUGCAAAGAAGUUGACUAUGAGAUUCCCAAAAUGGAUGAUGACGAUGACCCCAGCUCCGGCACCAGCGCAAUUCAAAGUGGGGCAUUUGGCAGGAGAGCUUGUAAAAGCUUUGAGGGCAAAACAGUUGGAGGAGCCAUCAAUGGACUCGGAAUCAAUGACCGAGAUGUCCUUUGUGCGCAGAUUGCAGGCCUUUGCCAUGACCUAGGUCACGGGCCCUUUUCUCAUGUCUUUGAUGGAAUGUUCAACCCUCAAGCAGACCCAAGUGGUGAAAAAUGGGAACAUGAGGAUGCCUCUAUAUUAAUGUUUGAUCACCUAGUGGAUGACAAUAACCUGAAGCCAGUGAUGAAUGAGUACGGACUGAUAACAGAAGGUGACAAUGAAAAUGACCUGGUGUUUAUCAAGGAGAUGAUUAAAGGAUCUCUGAAGAACAAUUUACCUCAGAAUGAGCAGCUGUAUAGAGGUCGAAACAAUGAAAAAUCCUUUCUCUAUGAAAUUGUGGCAAACAAACAAAAUGGAUUAGAUGUGGACAAGUUUGACUACUUUGCAAGGUGA